AUGCUCUUCUCUACCACUACUCUCGUUGCUAUUGCCAGCAUCUUGAAUGUUGCAUCGGCUCUUCCAACAAAAAGACAGGCAGCUCCAACCGAUGCAGAUAUUCUUCAAUACGCCUUGACUCUCGAACAUCUUGAGGAUGCUUUCUACAAAAAGGCUCUCUCCGAAAUGCCAGAACAGAUGUGGCUUGACGCAAAUUUCUCGUCCGACUUCUAUAAUCAAUUGAAAUUUAUCGCGCAUGAUGAAGAGGCCCAUGUUGUUUACCUUGAAAGUGGUCUCACCGCUGCAGGUGCAGUCCCGGUCGAGGCUUGUGAAUAUAAGUUCCCAUUCACCGAUCCAAAGUCAUUCGUCGCUCUCGCUUCCGUCAUCGAAGGUGUGGGUGUUUCCGCAUACCUCGGAGCAGCAGCCGAUAUAACAACAAAGGCCUAUCUCACCGCCGCCGCUUCUAUCCUUGUCACCGAAGCUAUUCAUCAAUCCGCCGAGCGUAACGCGAAUGGUGAGAUUCCAAUGGCUAAUCCUUAUGGAACACCUCUUGGACUCAAUGCCGUCUACUCUAUCGCAUCUUCCUUCAUCGUCUCGUGCCCAUCCACCAACGCGGCCUUACCGGUAACCGCUUACCCAUCUCUUGCUCUCAAAUCCGGACUACCUACUGCACCAGGUGCCAAUGUCGCCCUUGUACCAGAGACUACUCCUUCCGGAACCUUCUUCACUACCUUUGUCAGCGGACUUGAUGCCAUUGCUGUUGAGAGUCAAGUCGGUAGUGAUGGUUUGAUCAUGACUGCAGUCCCAAUGGGCAUUUCAGGGCAAAGCUAUGCCUUCUUGACCAAGGACAAUUCAGGUGAAUUGUCUGAUUCCAACAUCAUUGCUGGUCCGGCCAUUAUUGAAGUUACACCUGAUUCCCCAACUUUCAACUUGUCAAUUAUUUAA